GCCAUAUCUUUAUAAUAAUAAUAAUACAAUAACAUAACAUUACAAAAGGUCAAGAGUCAUAAUUAAUAAUAAUUUAAAUGAAAAAAAAGUAGAGAAUUGAUCAAAUUUAUAUUAGUAAAGAAAAAGCAGUGCAACUUCUUUGCUUGAAAAAUCAGCCUAGAAAAUCAUGGAGAUUCUUUGUUGAGAUCUGUCAGAUCUUGCUUUCCCAAUUGUCAAAAUCGUAUCUUUCCCAACUCACCUCUCAUGGCUUCCCAUAUAAAAGUCUCUCAACCAUUCUGUGGUUUUCAUCUCUCCAUUACCAAACAACUCUUUUCCUUCUCUUCUUCUUCUUCUUCUUCUUCUUCUUCUUCUUCUUCUUCUUCACAGAAUCAUGCUCAAUUUCAUGUGCUUGCAGUUGAUGACAGCAUCAUUGACAGAAAGUUAAUAGAGGCUCUCCUCAAGACUUCUUCCUAUCAAGUUACAGCAGUUGAUUCAGGAAAUAAGGCCUUAGAGUUUUUGGGUUUAUGUAAUAAUGGUGAUGAUGGCUGUUCAGUGUUUAUUCCAAGCUUGAUCAUUACAGAUUAUUCUAUGCCUGGAAUGACUGGCUAUGAUCUUCUCAGAAAGAUCAAGAUGUCUAAGAAUCUCAAAGAUGUACCAGUUGUUAUUAUGUCUUCAGAGAAUGUUCCAUCAAGAAUCAACAGAUGCUUGGAGGAAGGGGCAGAAGAAUUCUUUUUGAAGCCAGUGCAAUUAUCAGAUGUGAAUAAACUUAAACCCCAUGUGUUAAAGGGUUGUAGAACAAAGAAUCAUGAAGAAGAAGAGUCCAAAAUCUACAAAAGAAAGACCAUUAGUAGUAUCAGAAAAAACCUUUCACCUAAUAAAGCAACAAAAAUGUGCAAGGUUUUGGAAGUGAUCUAAGAAUGAGAGACACAUACUCUUAUGUGUAUUGCAAUUGGUAUAUAUAUAUAUACAUAUAUGUAUAUAUAGAUGCAGCACCUUUACUUGAAAAGGGCUAUGCUGCAACAAAGAUGAUGAUGUUGAGAUGGGCUUAACAAGGUCUUAUAUAUGUUCAACAAAAGCUUGAGCUGCGUCUGGUUCAGGAUGGGAUACAGAGCAGGGUGGUAUUAGUACUUGAAAUCCCUUACUUUUCAAUGAAAUUUGAUGAGUUGGUACUCUGCUGCCUAAUAUGAUCAUUUGCUGGUAAAGGCCAAAGCCAAAGAAUUCAGGAAACACAUAAUUUAUGCAACUUAUUUUGAGUUCUAGCCAACUUUGUCUAGGGGCUGCCUCAACAUAUAAUCAUUAGAACAAUGCCUCUUUGACAUACAUGUGUAAUGAUCAUUUAAUUCAUUUUGUAAUAUUAUUCUAUUUAAUCUUUUCUCUAUCUAAUUGUUUGUAUUAAGUACUUUCAUAUUUUAGGGAUUUAUUAGAAAGGGGAAAGUGGGUUUAGAUCCUUUUGCCUAAGAAAUGCAAUACCUCAUGAUUCAAAUCA